AUGGCGUUGAUUGUUUUGUUUGGUACAUUCGUGUUAGCAGCCACGGGAGUUCAUGCCGCCGGUCAGGAAGGUUUUCUGAGCAUCGACUGCGGGUUGGACGCCGCACUCAGCGGCCGCCUGGACUCGAACACAAAGAUCACCUAUGUCUCCGACGGUCCCUACGUCGACGGCGGGGAGAACCACGGGAUUGCCAACGAUCUAGUGAGCAGCACUGGCGUUGAGGUCUCUCGACGAACGCUUAGGAGCUUCCCUUCCGGGUUGCGGAACUGCUACACGCUCCCCACCAAGAGCGGUGACAAAUACCUGGUCCGGAUGGAGUUCUUCCACGGGAACUACGACGCCGAGCCGUCGGUGCGGUUCGACCUGCACCUGGGAACCAACCACUGGGACACAGUCAUGAUCCAGACGUCGACGGUCAACUACUACUCCGAGGCGGUCUUCGUCGCGUGGGCUAGCUGGGUGCCUGUGUGUCUGGUGAACAAAGCCACCGGUACACCGUUUGUCACCACGGUGGAGCUCCGGCCACUGGGAGCCUCGCUUUACCCGAGCGUCACAAUCAACGCGUCCAUGUCCACGUAUGACAGGACAAAUUUGGGGGCGGACACAUUUAGCCGGUUUCCCGAUGAUCCAUACGACCGAUAUUGGAUACCGUUGAGCCCCAACCCUUCGUGGAAAAACCUUUCCACCCAAGAUACCAUUGCCCAGAAGGAUCAGGGAAGCUUCGCGGUGCCCAGCCGCAUUCUUCAGACAGCCAUUACUACCGCCGGCAAUGGCACGGUGCUAAAUGUUUUCCUGCAGAAAGGGUACAGCCCGUCGUUGAUGUUCAGAUUGUUCCUCCACUUCACCGACUUUCAGAAGAGCCAGUUGCGGCAAUUCGACGUCUACAUCAAUAAUGAAAAGAUUGAGACCUAUAGCCCCAAAUAUAUGGCCGCUUCUAGUGUGCAGAAUCCUGGCUGGUCCAGCAUCGCCGAUGGCAACCUUAAUAUCACUCUUGCAGCCACCAAUGUCUCCGUGUUGCCCCCCAUGAUCAGUGCAUUCGAGUUAUACAAACUCAUUCCUAACAUCACUUCAAGAACGUUCUCCAACGAUUUCGACGCAAUGAUGGCCAUCAAAUACGAGUAUGGAGUAAAGAAAAACUGGAAUGGUGAUCCAUGUUUUCUAGGCAACUAUGCAUGGAAUGGCGUGAAAUGUAGCAACUCAGCUGACAACCCUACGAGGAUAAUAUCUCUGGAUCUGUCAAACAGUAACUUAACUGGAUCGAUAUCUAAUAAUUUCGCAUUGCUCACAGAACUCCAAUUACUCGAUUUGUCUGGCAAUAGUUUGAAUGGCCCAAUUCCGUAUACCCUCUGUAAAAAGAAUGGUGGACCACUCGUUUUCAGAUCUGAAUCUGGCGAAGAUAUGUGCAAUAUAACAAUGAGUCCGCCUCCAUCAAAAAAUAGAAAAAUUAUCGUGUCUAUUUCAGUUGUGGUUCCCCUGGUUGUAGUGGUUGUACUUGUUCUUUCAUGUUUGAUCUGGAGAGGAAAGAGAAAGCCCAAAAUCUCUGUGCAAGAUCCUCAUAUAGAGUUCGAGCUUCAGAGUGCUCCAUUAAGUAUAAAAGGUCAUGGGAAUCACCUCCAAAGUACUGAGAAUCGUCAAUUCACAUACAAGGAGCUGGAAAAGUUUACUAAUAAGUUUGAACGGUUCCUUGGAAAAGGAGGUUUUGGGCUCGUGUAUUACGGUCGAUUGGAAGACGAUAGUGAGGUUGCCGUCAAGAUGCGUUCUGAAUCAUCGUCGCAUGGGCUUGAUGAGUUCUUAGCCGAGGUUAAUAGCUUGACAAAGGUGCAUCACAGGAAUCUAGUUUCUUUGGUUGGUUGCUGCUGGGAAAAAGAUCACUUAGCGCUGGUUUAUGAGUACAUGUCUCAAGGCAAUCUUUGGGAUCAUCUGAGAGGGAUAAAUGGAGAUGAAACCUUAGACUGGGCAACACGCGUACGGGUUGUGCUUGAAGCUGCGCAAGGCCUAGAUUACCUGCACAAGGGAUGCAGCUUUCCAAUCAUUCAUAGGGAUGUGAAGACCGGCAAUAUCCUAUUAGGUCAAAAUCUGCGGGCGAAAGUAGCUGAUUUUGGACUUUGCAAAACCUAUAUCAGUGAAAUACAGACUCACGUAUCAACUAAUGCGGCUGGAACACCAGGUUACUUCGACCCAGAGUACUUCCACACUGGCAGGCUCACUGAGAGCAGCGACGUUUACAGCUUUGGUGUUGUUCUACUGGAGAUAGUUACUGGCGAGGCUCCGAUGAUGCCAGGGCAUGGACACAUUGUUCAGCGCGUGAAACAGAAGAUCACCACUGGUAAUAUCAGCUCGGUUGCCGAUGAGCGGCUCAGUAAUAACUACGAGGUUACCUCCAUGUGGAAAGUAAUCGACACCGCCAUGGCAUGUACAGCAGAUACUUCUGAUCGUAGGCCAACAAUGGCCACCGUGGUGGCACAGUUGAAGGACAGCCUGGCAUUGGAGGAAGCUCGCGAGGAUAGUGGCGUCAGGGUAAGCCCGGCAAGUGAUAGUUCUACAGCCUUGAUGUCCACAUUUGGUCCCUCGGCUAGAUGA